UGUACAUGGUAAUGUUCGGAAUUACAAGUGACCACGUAGCAGAUCGUUAUUUAUUUAACAGCUCCCGCUUUCUGACUUCACCUUUUCACACUUCCAUUUUCUGGUCCACGAUUCUUCACCCACAAAAGUCUUCGACUGAGCUCCCCCUCCUCUGCUUUUAACCCAGUCCCGGAAAUGGAAUUAGCGUUUAGCUGCUCAUCUCUCUCAGGUAAACAGACUCUCUAACCCAACUCGCAUCAAUUUGCUCUUAAUUUCACCUAAAGUCGAAUUGGGUUUCCUUCAAUUUUGUGAAUUUCAUAACCAUGGAUCCACGUUUCUCUGAAUUUCCCAAUUUCAAUGAUCAAACCCUUUUGCCCGAUAUGUUGAAUGAGUACCCAAGUAGUGACCCUUUUGAAGAUCUUAGCUUUUCGGACCCAAACCCCAGUAACUCUGCUCUGUCGUCGAGCUUUAGCCCUGAUGGAGAUGAUGUUGAGUUUUCUGAUAGUUUGCUCAAGUACAUAAACCAGGUGCUUAUGGAGGAGGACAUGGAGUCAAAGCCAUGUAUGUUCCAUGACCCUUUGGCUCUUCAAGCCACUGAGGAGUCUCUUUAUGAGGUUAUUGGGGGAGGGAAGUACCCAACUUCCCAAGACCAGAACCCUCUUUGUGUUGAUCAAAAUGUUCAGAGCCCAGAUGGUGGUUAUUCUUCUGGAAGUUUCAGUGAUUCCAGCUCUAGUCCUGGUCCUUCCGUUGACUCUUGCCCGGUCUCUGCCCAGUUUGUAGAGACUAGCAGCUCUAUAUUGCAAAACCCUAUUCCUGAAAACUUUGUUUUCCAGUCCCCUUCCAGGGCUAGGUCUCAAUCGUCGUCGGAUGGGUAUGGAAAUGGGAAUGGGAUGGUGGGUUCUUAUAGGAGUGAGCUAAUGGUUCCUGAUGUGCUUAGUAAGAAUGAAUUGUUAGUGCAGUUUAACCUAGGGGCAGAGGAGGGUAGUAAGUUUCUUCCUAGAGGUCAAUUGAUUAGUGCGGAGGGCAACAAGACGUAUGCUGUGGUGAAUAAAAAGGCUGGAGAUGCGGUAGUAACAACGCAGAAGAAUGGGAGUGAGCAAUUUCAUGUUGGUUCAAGAGGAAAAAAGAAUCAUCAAAGGGAAGAUAUAGAGUUGGAGGAUGGGAGGAGUAACAAGCAACCAGCAGUUUAUAUGGACGAUGAGGAGGGUGAGCUGUCUGAUAUUUUUGACAAGGUGUUGCUCUGUAAGCCUUUGGAGGGUAAAGACGAUGAAGCCAGUCAGAAUGGAGCAAACAAUGGCCUGCAGCAGGAUGUGCAAUCUGUUGGAAUUGGUAAUGGGAAGGGUCGCCGCAAGAUUCAUGGCAACAAGAAGGAAGUGAUAGAUUUGAGGGCUCUUCUGAUUUUAUGUGCACAAGCUGUUUCUGUUGAUGAUCGCGAGACUGCUAGUGAGCUACUAAAGCAGAUUAUGCAGCACUCUUCCCCAUUUGGUGAUUGUGCUCAGAGGUUGGCUCAUUGCUUUGCAAAUGCUCUUGAAGCGCGGUUAGCUGGCACUGGAACUCAAAUAUAUACUGCGUUAUCUGCUAAACGAAUGUCAGCUGCGGAUAUGCUAAAGUUUUACCAAGCUUAUAUUGCAGCCUGCCCAUUCAUGAAGAUGUCCAUGAUCUUUGCAAACCAUAUGAUUUUAAAAGCAGCUGAGAAAGCAGAAACACUUCAUAUAAUAGAUUUUGGUAUCCUUUAUGGUUUUCAGUGGCCUGCUCUCAUUCAUUGCCUUUCAAAAAGACCUGGUGGACCUCCCAAAUUACGUAUUACAGGGGUAGAGCUUCCCUUAAGUGGUUUUCGACCAGAAGAAAGAGUCCAAGAGACAGGGCAUCGCUUGGCAAAGUAUUGUAAGCGAUUUAAUGUUCCUUUUGAGUACUAUGCCAUAGCCAAAAAAUGGGAAACUGUCCAAUUUGAUGACCUCAAAGUUCAAAGAAAUGAGGUGCUUGCUGUUAAUUGUCUCUGCCGAUUUAAGAACCUCCUUGAUGAGACCGUUGUGGUAAACAAUCCAAGGGAUACUGUUCUAAAUUUAAUUAGGAAGUUAAAUCCUGAUGUCUUUGUCCAAAGUGUUGUUAAUGGAUCCUAUCAUGCACCCUUCUUUGUUUCACGCUUCCGAGAGGCACUAUUCCACUUCUCUGCAUUGUUUGAUAUGUUUGAUAACAAUUUGCCUCGUGAAGAUCCGAUGAGAUUAGGGUUUGAGAAAGAGUUUAUUGGACGUGAAGUUGUGAAUAUAGUAGCUUGUGAGGGCUCAGAAAGAAUUGUGAGGCCAGAAACAUAUAAGCAGUGGCAGGUUCGGAACAUGAGGGCUGGGUUCAGACAGCUGCCCUUGGACCGUGAAGUCAUGAACAAAAUAAAGGAUAAAGUAAAAACGGGGUACAGCCCUGAUUUUGUGGUUGAUGAGGAUGGCCGCUGGAUGCUGCAGGGAUGGAAGGGCAGAAUUAUGUUUUGUUCCGCCUGUUGGGCACCGCCUAGGACUUAAAAUGCAUGAUUGGUAUAAUUGACUCGCACAAUUUUGUCAAAUACAACUUGUUUCCAACAUUAAAGUUAAAGAGCUUAGUGUACAAGAACUUUACUUCAAUUGUGGAAACAAUGCAGGUGGGCUUUAGCAGUUGUUACUUCUCUAUCACUGCCUCCAUGUUUGGGGACUUGGAAGAGCAGCAACUGUUGUAGUUGUGUCUGCGUGUUUUUUCUUUUCCUUUUCCUUUUUUUCGGCCAAUUGUUGUAGUUGUGUUUUAGAUAUGUUACUAUUGUAUAUUAGUUAGCACCAUCCCACUGUAGGUUGCUGUAUUGUGUUGCUGAUUUGUCAAGUUCUAGUCUGGGUUCUUGAUCCUCCCCUGUAAAUGUUUUUGAUCAGGUGCCUUUUAUGCAGCUUUUAUAUGCAGUGAAAGCUGGUCCAAUAGGCUACCGCCUUAAAGUUCUUCCCCUUUAAUUUCAAACGGCUGUAUGUCUUUUGUUUUUGAGAAAAUUGGUUUUCUGAUUAUUAAGUA